GUCUAUCUUUCUCUGCUCCCUUCUCUUUCUGUUGUCAUUGUUACAUGCUUUGAAGAAAAAAAAGACACCGUAGCAGACUUUUGGAUAUUUCAGAGAAACUGGAACACCUGGAGAGGAUUUAUGAGGGUUUUCCUGACGGCAAACUGGGUCUUUUGAGACUAUGCUGGCAGUUCACGUAUCGUUCCUCAUCAGCAUGCUUUGUGUCAUCCAGCUGGAGCUGGGAGAGGGGAUGGASAUCUCAUCAGGAAAACACAGAGGGAGUCGUGAGGUCUUCACACACCCACCUGGUUCAGGAACAGGACUUGAUCCUGACAGCAACAUUGGAUACAAAG